UGGAGCUGUGUGUUCUCAUGCGAACGGGAAGGAGCGUUGGGGAACCAGGGUCUCGAGAUUGAGACAUUUUCGGCCCGAAAGGGGAAGAAUCCACCGCCGCCGCCACCAGUCCCCCUCCGCCCUUCCUACCUGCCUCCGGCCCGGCCCGGCCGCGCCGCCUCUUCCUGCCGUCUCCCUCCUCGGCCGUCCCCGCGUGUUGCGCGGUCGCCGGGCACCGGGGCUGCGGCGAGGAGCCCGCGGGCGGCCGGUCGGGCGGGGCGGGCGGUGCUGACAGCAUCCUGAGGUUAACAUUAAACUUCUACCAGUGGAGCCCAUGACUUCUGAUCAGGACACUAAAGUUGUGGCUGAACCGCAGACACAGAGAGUUCAAGAGGGCAAGGACAGCUCUCAUCUGAUGAAUGGUCCUAUAUCUCAAACCACUUCUCAAACAAGUUCCAUCCCAGCUUUGAGUCAGGUACCAACUACUAAGGUUUCAGAGCUUAACCCUAAUGCAAAAGUAUGGGAGACUCAUAUGUUACGUUUAGAAGCAAGUAAUGCAGCUGUUGGUGUGAGUGCUACGUGGGAAGAGGACCCCGGCUCUCAAGCAGACUGCAGCCCACAGGGAUUAGAUGCCAAUGGCGAUGGUGACAAAAGUCAAGAGAAUGCAGCAUUCCCAGAUGUACAGGAGUCAGAUCAGACAGACAUGCACACCCUAGCUCUGGACCACUCUGAAUAUGAAUCGCUGCCUGAAAAUAGUGAAACAGGAGGAAAUGAAUCUCAGCCAGAAAGCCAGGAAGACCCCCGGGAAGUACUUAAAAAAACAUUGGAAUUCUGCUUAUCUAGGGAGAAUCUUGCUAGUGACAUGUAUCUUAUAUCACAGAUGGAUAGUGAUCAAUAUGUGCCAAUUACAACUGUAGCUAACCUUGACCAUAUCAAGAAGCUCAGUACUGAUGUGGAUUUGAUUGUUGAAGUGCUAAGAUGUACCCUCUCUUCUGGUGCUCUGUCGAUGAUGAGCGCCACGUUUAUCUUUAUCAGUGAAGUAGAAGCACUAUUUAAAGGAGAUAAUUUACCAAAAUUCAUAAACUGUGAAUUUGCCUAUAAUGAUAAUUGGUUUAUUACAUUUGAAACAGAAGCUGAUGCACAGCAGGCCUACAAAUACCUGCGAGAAGAAGUCAAAACUUUUCAAGGAAAGCCAAUUAAGGCACGGAUAAAAGCAAAGGCAAUAGCUAUAAACACAUUUUUGCCAAAGAAUGGAUUUAGACCUCUGGACAUGAACCUUUAUACACAGCAGCGUUACACAACAUCAUUUUAUUUACCUCCAGUAUACAGUCCCCAGCAGCAGUUUCCUCUGUACAGCCUGAUUACCCCCCAGACGUGGUCAGCAACGCAUAGCUAUCUUGAUCCACCCUUGGUAACUCCAUUUCCAAAUACUGGAUUUAUAAAUGGGUUUACAUCUCCAACCUUCAAGCCUGCAGCAUCUCCUUUGGCUUCACUCAGACAGUAUCCUCCUAGAAACAGGAAUCCUAGUAAGUCUCAUUUGCGCCAUGCGAUUCCUAGUGCAGAAAGAGGACCUGGGCUGCUAGAAAGUCCUUCAAUAUUUAACUUCACUGCAGAUCGAUUAAUUAAUGGCGUCCGGAGCCCACAGACAAGGCAAACAGGGCAAAGUAGAACCCGAAUACAAAACCCUUCAGCUUAUGCCAAGAGAGAUAUUGGAACUGGGCGUGUGGAGCCAAGUAGUCUUGAAUCCUCUCCUGGUUUAGGGAGAGGAAGGAAGAAUUCAUUUGGCUAUCGGAAGAAAAGAGAGGAAAAGUUUGCAAGCAGUCAGACUCAGUCUCCAACACCACCGAAGCCUCCAUCACCAAGCUUUGAACUGGGGCUGUCCAGCUUCCCCCCAUUACCUGGAGCUGCGGGGAAUUUGAAGGCAGAAGACUUGUUUGAAAACAGGCUUUCUAGCUUGAUAAUAGGAUCAUCAAAAGAAAGAAGCCUCAGUGCAGAUGCAAAUACAAAUACUGUUUCUGCGGUGGUCCCAAGAGAGCCCUCAGUGCCGGUUUCCUGUGCUGUAUCAGCAACAUAUGAACGACCCCCUUCCCCAGCCCGUGUUCCUGAGGAUCCUAAGGUGGUAGAAAAACAGAGGGAAAUCCAGAGUGUCGACAGACUCCCUUCUGCCGUUACUACAACCACAUGUAAAUCGGUGCAGGUGAACGGAGCUUCCACGGAAUUACGAAAGCCCAGUUAUGCAGAGAUUUGUCAGAGAACAAGUAAAGAGCCUCCUUCCUCCCCAUUGCAACCACAAAAGGAACAGAAGCCAAACACUGUCAGUUGUGGGAAGGAGGAAAAGAAGCUUGCUGAGCCCGUGGAGAGAUACAGGGAGCCCCCUAACCUCAAGUCCACUCCUGGAGCCCCGAAAGAUCAGAGGAGGCAGCCUGGGCGCCGAACCUCACCACCAGCUGUUGCGAAGCGUCUCAACAGAGAACAGAACACUCCCCCAAAGUCUCCUCAGUGAAAGCCGUAUGCCUGGGAGGGGUCACAAAGAGCUAUAUUAACCACAAAAAAACAAACAAAAAAAAAAAAC